GCAACUCUUCUUCCCAUUAACAAAAAGUAGAUUCGAAUCACAUACUCUUUCUCCUCUGCAACUGAAAAUGGCAGAAAAUUCCAAAGGCAAUGAUAAUGGUAACGGCUUCUACGUUAAAGAAGAAGAAGAACUUAAGGUGAAGCAGAAGAAGAGAACAGGGAACGAUUCUUUGCCGGAAGUCCUUAACCGCAUCGCCUCCGCCAUUCUCUUCCCGGGACCCGGUGACGAUGGAUCUGUAAUUCGUCGCAUCAAGGUCUCCGUCGCCGACAACGCUCCGCUCCUUCCGGAAGCUUCCAGAAACUCCGCCCGCGAUGUUCUCCUCUGGUCUCGCGGCGGCACUCCCCUCCGCGCGCUCUUCGUCAUCACCGUUGGAGCAGUUGGUUUUGUUGCUUUAACAGGACUGCUUGUAUUUAUGCUUUUCCUUCUCGCUGCGACCAUAAAUGCCAUAGUCAUAUCGCUGCUGAUAUCUUUGGCAGCUGCAGGAGGAUUCUUGGCUCUUUUCUUUGCUUUUGUUACGGCUAUCUACAUCGGAGCGUUAUCAAUUGCCAUAUUUGCAAUUUCAGUUACUACAUUUUGGGCAUGUGUGGCUAUUCUGAUAAUCACAGGCUGGACCGGAUUCAUCUAUUCGGUGUGGGUGGUAACUAGAAAGAGCUUUGGAUUUGCUAAACACUCGUUGGACGUGACUGGCUCUGCAAUUUCAUCUUAUACUACUGCACGGCAUGCCCGCUACCUAAUACACACAAAUUCAAAUCAGUAGGGGAUGAUAACAAAUGGAAACUCGUGUACAAAUCUUAAGCUACAUGUCCGUUUUGGAAUGACACUAGCUUCUGUUGGCUGGUAUGAAGCCUUGUUCUUAGAUCCUACCUAGUUUGGUUUCAAUCCCUAUCCUUUGUUCCAUAUCAAUGAAUUGUGAGAGAUGUUUGGAUAAAUAAGCCAGGUUAUUGUGUGUUGCAACUUAUAACCGAUAUGAAAUUACAUUUCCGUGUAAAUGAUGUAACUGUGGAACAAGGUAUGUUUGCUGCAUUUGUGGGACAACGAUGUACGUGCAAAUACUUGUAUAUAUUUACAUUCUGUUUUAAAGCUAGAAUGCAGAAUUUCGGAUUGGCAUUCC